ACGUCGUUUCCGCCCCUUGUUCGCAGUCAGGUGCAGACAUCCGCAUCUGCAUUUGUCAGAGAGAGAUUCGGGCUCGGUACUUUAUCCUCUAAGAACGGUGUGUUGUACCGGACCAAGAGGCGGGAAGAAAAGAUGGAGGACGGCUUGAAACCAACCGGCGACACCAAGCUGGACCAGGCUAUCCGGCAGUGGCUGCGGUAUGACCGGAACCCCAAGACGAUAUCCCUGGUGCAGGACAUGGUGAAGGACGGAUCGAUGGAGGCUCUGAAGAAGUGUUUCUCCUCCAGGAUGGAGUUUGGUACGGCUGGACUGAGAGCCGCCAUGGGCCCCGGCAUAUCCUGUAUGAAUGACCUCACAAUUAUCCAGACCACGCAGGGUUUCUGUCGCUACCUAGAGCAGAGUUUCGGUAACCUUAAGGAGCGAGGCGUGGUCAUUGGGUACGACGCACGCGCCCACCCUACCAGCGGGGGCAGCAGCAAGCGCUUCGCCAGCCUUGCCGCAGCAGUUUUCAUCAGCCGAGGAGUUCCGGUCCACCUCUUCUCUGAGAUCACCCCAACACCGUUUGUGCCUUUCACAGUUUCCCACCUGGGUCUGUGUGCUGGCAUCAUGGUGACCGCCUCUCAUAACCCCAAGCAGGACAACGGCUACAAGGUUUACUGGGAAAACGGCGCCCAGAUUGUCUCUCCUCAUGAUUCUGGAAUCUCCAAAGCCAUUGAGGAGAACUUGGAGCCCUGGCCAGCAUCCUGGAACACAGAGGAGGCCCUGAAGGCCACCUUGCUGAAAGACCCCUUCCAGGAUAUUAAGACACAAUACUUUCAAGCCAUCCAGAAACACUGUCAUCACAGAGAGAUAAACAAGAAAUCAGAGGUGAAAAUAGUGCACACUUCUGUGCACGGCGUUGGUCACACAUUUGUCCAGUCGGCUUUCAAGGCUUUUGAUCUUCACCCACCGUAUCCCGUAGAGGAACAGAAAGAUCCAGACCCUGAAUUUCCCACCGUCAAAUACCCAAAUCCUGAGGAGGGGAAGGGAGUUCUGACGUUGUCGUUUGCUCUUGCAGAAAGAGAAGGAGCCUCUGUGGUUUUGGCCAAUGACCCUGAUGCUGAUCGAUUAGCUAUAGCAGAGAAGCAGGAAAGUGGACAGUGGCGUGUGUUCAGUGGCAACGAGCUCGGAGCGUUGCUCGGCUGGUGGAUGUUCCACUGCUGGAGUGAGCAGAACUCUGACGCUGCCGCGGUGAAAAACCUCUACAUGCUGGCAAGCACCGUGUCAUCCAAAAUACUCAGAGCCAUCGCUCUGAAGGAGGGCUUCCACUUUGAGGAAACCCUAACGGGUUUUAAAUGGAUGGGGAACAGAGCCAAAGACCUCUUGGACCAGGGAAAGAGUGUUUUGUUUGCUUUUGAGGAGGCCAUAGGUUAUAUGUGUUGUAACUCCGUGUUGGACAAGGAUGGCGUCAGCGCUGCAGCCAUCGCAGGGGAGAUGAUUUCAUACCUGGCCACCAAAAGCAAAAGCCUCUCCCAACAACUUACUACCAUCUUUGAAGAGUAUGGCUAUCACAUCAGCAAGAACUCCUACUUCAUCUGCCAUGACCAGGAAGUAAUCCACAAUCUGUUUGAACGUCUGCGCAACUUUGGUGGCAAGAAGGACUCAUACCCAUCAGAAUGUGGCCGCUUCUCCAUCUCUGCUGUUAGAGACCUGACCACCGGCUACGACAGCAAUCAGCCCGACAAGAAGGCUAUUCUUUCUACCUCCACCUCCAGUCAGAUGAUCACCUUUACCUUCUCCAACGGUGGCGUCGCCACCAUGAGGACCAGCGGCACCGAGCCCAAGAUCAAAUACUACACUGAGCUCUGUGCUGCACCUGGCAACAGUGAUGUGACACAUCUGAAGAAGGAACUGGAUGAUUUGGUUGAUGCCAUUGUUGAGAACUUCUUUGAGCCUGUGAAGAAUAAGCUGCAGCCCAAGCCAGAGUAGUUCUGAUGGAAACUUCCUGGCCAAGCUGGGAAACGUCUCUGACCGUCGUUUCACAUCUUAAUUGUCCCUGACGUUAUUGGGUAUUUUUUUCCAGAUAAAUUGACUAUUUUUAAAGUUUGUCCUAAGAUCUUUAGAUGUUGUACUAGUAAUAAUGACAAAUUGUUUGGUUCAAUCAUUUGCAUCAGGAAAGCAAAAAUCUCACCCCACUUUAGUAGAAUUAGAAUGAGUCCCUCUGGAUGUUUAUGCCUAAAGCUACUAGCCAAACUUUUCUAUAAAAUCAAUCAAUCACCGUGGAGAUAACAUGUCGUAGCCAGUUUUUCUAUUUGUUUUGCUACUUUUGUUUUAAAUAAAUUGCACACAUUCCUCUAGUUACAUCACAGAAGGCACAAUGGAACUGAUCAGAUGUUUCGAUUAUGUCUAUCUGUAUUUUGUGGCAUUUACUUACCCUGUGUGUUGAUUGUCCACAGAAACCAGUAACUUGGAAACAUUCAAACCGGAAUAUAAACAGAUGUGCACACUUUAACAUUCUGCUUUGCCAAUCACAGCUGGACAGCUGGAGUCAAAUUCUGGCUCAGAUACGUAAAGUUGAAUCCCUUGCAACUCGAUUGUUAAUGAAUUUAUUUUUGAAAUUGUCAGGAGGUUUUCCACAAUAGGUUUUUAUUGUCAACAGAUCCGCUCAUGUUUUGUGAUGCCAUCAACCCUAGCAGAAUAAAGCAGGGAUUUUUUUCUUUGGUGCUCUUUCUAAAAAACCUUAUUCCCUAUGUUUUAUCCAUCUGUGUUUUUAUUCUGAGUGUAUAUUUGUCAGCAGAACAGAGAUACUUCUGUAACUUUAAGUAUACCUCAUUCCUUUUGAUCAUAACGGGAAACUUGUGCUCCCUUUUAAUGCCACAAUCAUUCCUUUUUUCCAGACUGUAUUAUGCUGUGCAUUGCCUGUAUUUGACAUAAUAUCUUCUGAAAACACUGUGCUUUGUAUCAGUGCACUGCUGCUGAUGUGAAAAGGUGCCCUCCAACACAACUAAACGUUGGGGACUGUUUUAGGCUUUGAAAUUAUGUCAUGUUGUUGAUGAUAAAUCUACCACUGAAUGUUCAGACCUUUAUAAUCACUGCACAUGCGGAAACUAGUUGCAGAGUUUGCAGAUCUACUGGCGUUACAACAAACUGUCACUAUGAGAUAUUGUGACUCCAGAGGGCGGUGUUCGCAGGGGGGAAUGAGAAUUCAGGUGACUUCAUAUUCUGACAGCUUUUUUUUUAGAAAAUGCGACCCUAGUGGAACUCGGUGGAUAGCCCACUGGUAAAAGUUCAGUCCAUCUUGUUAAGUCUGUGGCGAAAAAUGAUUUGCAGACAAUAGAAAAACCAGAAAACUCAAACUGAUAUACUUUGGCGAAGUAUAUCAGUUUGAGUUUUAAAGUAUGGACACAUUUUCUCAUAACAGCUAUCAAAAUAUGUGACUGCCUGUAUUUUAGUCUCUCUUCCCUUUGUCAGUAAUUUUUUAUUUUUGUAAAUCUUUUCAUAGACUGCCAGAAUUAUGAAAUCUUUUCUCUAAAUAAUUUGCUAUAAAUUGUAAUAUGGGUGAUGAAAGCUGUCAAACAGCCUUUCUGUAUUUCAGUCCAGGUUCAUAAUGGCACUCUGGAAUCUUUAAUGGUUGCAUAAUUUGGUGUUAAUCUACAGAAAACAAUUUUGUACUUAAAACUUGAGCAUUCUAGCACCACCUUGAAUUUAUUUAUUUCCAUUACAGUAUCUAAUAAACGCAUUAGUGCCUUUGUUAGACACUACCAGAUGUAUGUAAAUUAAAACCUUGGAGCAGAUAAAUUAGUAACUCCCCCCUGUGAGGAUUUUCUCCGAUAUAAAGGUAUGUCGGAGAAAUUCUGUGUGCCGCCAGCCGGAGGCGCUCUAUCUUUCAAAACGAAAUGGUGCUUAUUGAAUGUCUGCUAGCAUUUCACUGAUAGGUGGCGCUACUUACUGUAUUCAUUAAAGUGGAGCUGGAAGAUUUAUAUCCUACACGGCUUUCCAUACUCUGUCGGCUUGCCUUAAUCAACUUUAUGAGUGCCUAGACAGCCACUAGGGGGAGACAUUUUGCAUUCCUUCUUCUACACUCUGCUCAUUCCGUUAAAUGAAUCUAUGUUGCGACUGACAGGGACUUUUCACACCUUCCUGUUACUUUCCAGUGAGUGAAACCUCUGUCGAAAUGUACUCUACUUUUGGGAGAUGUUCAUUGUUUCCUAAACGCUGCUCACAUUGGCUUUACUUUCACCACCAAUAAAAACAGUUUCUAACAACA